AUGGAGGAAUCCAAAAAGCAAACGAAAACUACCUCCAGGAUCCAUGGUUUUCCGAUCAUUGGAGAGACUUUUGAGUUCAUGAAGCCUCAUGACGCUCUUCAGUUUUCAACAUUCGUUAAGGACAGAACAUUCAGGCAUGGACCAGUGUUUCGAACAAGUUUAUUUGGAGCCAAAGUUAUAAUCUCGACCGAUGUGGAAUUGAACAUGGAGAUAGCUAAGACGAGUCAUGUUCCUGGUGUUACGAAGAGCAUAGCACGGCUAUUCGGGGAGAAUAACUUGUUUGUACAGAGCAAGGAGUCCCAUAAACAUGUCCGGAGUUUGACAUCUCAGUUGUUGGGUACACAUAGUUUGAAAUCGAGGAUGAUACAAGACAUUGAUAUCUUGGCUUGCACACAUAUGAAGGAAGGAGCUAGGAACGGGGUCCUUGACGUCAAAGAAACAGCAAGCAAGGUAUACAUUUUAUCAGUUUCUUCACAUGCACUUUCUGUGUGUCUUGAUAAUAUCACAACCAAUAAGAAAAUAGGCGGUAAAAGAACUCGCACUCUGUUGGAGAGAUUUUCGAGUAGCUGGUUUCAGUUCUCUUUCAACGUUCCUGGGACGGGUGUCUAUAGGAUGAUGAAGGCAAGAAACAAGAUGAUGAAGUUACUAAAAGAGUCCAUUUUAAAGAAGAGAGCAUCUGGAGAGGAGUUUGGGGAGUUUUUCAAGACCAUAUUUGGAGAAACCGGGAAGGAAAUGAUGAGCAUCGAGAAUGCGAUUGAGUACAUAUAUACCUUCUUUCUUGUUGCGAACGAAACACGCCACGGGUUCUUGCGGCUACGGACUGAGAAGGAGGCCGGCCUAACAUGGGAAGAUUACAAAUCAAUGACUUUUACUCAAAUGGUGAUCAAUGAGUCUCUAAGGAUCACAAGCACAUUUCCGACAGUUCUUAGGGUAACGGACCAUGACGUCCAAGUCGGUGAUUAUACAAUUCCAGAGGGUUGGACCUUCAUGGGGUAUGCUAAUGUCCAUUUCAAUCCAGAGAACUAUGAUGAUCCUUUAGUAUUUAAUCCAUGGCGUUGGGAGGGAAAAGACUUGGGAGCAAUCCUCACGAAGACUUAUAUUCCAUUUGGUGCUGGUGCUAGACUAUGUGUAGGCGCUGAGUUAGCUAAGCUGGUGAUGUCCAUAUUUAUCCAUCAUUUGUAUAGAUACAGGUGGUCAAUGAAGGCAGAGACGAAAGUAAUUCGAAGGUAUAUGCUUAUGUUCCCACAUGGAUGUGAUGUUCAAAUCUCAGAUGACACCGAAGUUGAUAAGUCGGCCUAUUCCAUUUGA